AUGCGUUACGUCCUCGUUUCCGGCGGAGUCAUCUCUGGCGUGGGGAAGGGCAUCAUCGCCUCAUCCACCGGUCUGCUUCUCAAGACACUCGGGUUGAGGGUCAGUUGCGUCAAGAUCGACCCUUAUGUGUCGGUCGAUGCGGGCCUAAUGGCCCCCGCAGAGCACGGUGAAUGCUUUGUUCUGCAGUCCGGUUCCGAAGUCGACUUGGAUCUCGGGAACUACGAAAGAUACCUGGCCUUGACCCUGGCCGGCGAUAACAACAUCACCACCGGAAAGAUCUACCAACAUGUUAUCCAGAAGGAGCGCCGAGGCGACUACCUUGGAAAGACUGUUCAGAUCGUUCCCCACGUCACAAAUGCCAUCAAGGACUGGAUCAAGCGCGUCGCCAAGGUCCCGGUGGAUGGAUCGAGCGAGGAUCCGGACGUGUGUAUCAUUGAGCUCGGAGGCACAGUCGGCGAUAUCGAGAGCAUGCCUUUUGUCGAGGCACUGACUCAGCUGCGCCACGAAGCCGGACCGAAGAACUUCAUGAAUAUCCACGUCUCCUACGUUCCCACCAUUCACGGAGAGCAGAAGACGAAGCCCACUCAACACGCGGUCAAGUCUGUUCGCAGCUACGGCCUAAUCCCUGACCUUCCCCUCGCAGAGAGCACCGUUGCAAAGCUGGCGCUGCACUGCCAAGUCGAGCUCGAUCAGAUUCUCGUUGUCCGGGACAUGCCCACCGUCUACCAAGUCCCUUUGCUCUUGGAGGAACAGAAGAUUAUUCCCCUUCUCCGGACCCGGCUCAACCUGGACGCUCUGACCAUUGCGCCCGCAAGCGUUUCCACCGGCUCCGAACUUUGGGACACGUGGAAGUUUGUGGUCACUCAAGAUCACGAAGCCACUAUCGAUAUCGCACUGGUAGGCAAGUAUGUGGAGACACAUGACGCCUACCUGUCCGUUGUCAAGUCCCUGGAGCACUCUUCGAUGCACUUGCGACGGAAGCUCAACCUGAUCUGGGUCGACGCUGAGCACCUCGAGCCCAAGGCGAAGUCAACCGACGAGGAGAAGUGCAAUGAAGCAUGGCACGCAGUGCGCACCGCCUCGGGUAUCAUUGUUCCAGGAGGUUUCGGAACCCGUGGCACAGAGGGCAUGAUGCUAGCCUCCAAAUUUGCCAGGGAGAAUGGCACGCCGUUCCUGGGAGUUUGUCUGGGCUUCCAAACUGCUGCCAUCCAGUACGCACGCGACAUUUGUGGUAUGUCAGAGGCCAACUCGGAAGAGUUCCACUCCAUGGCGAAGGACUGUGUCGUCAUUUCGAUGCCCGAGCUCGACAAGCAAAACAUGGGAGGCACCAUGCGUCUUGGGUCGAGGAAGACGAUCUUCCAGGAUGGAAGUGAUUGGGCAAAGAUUCGUACACUCUAUGGUGGCGGCCUUGAAAUUGAGGAGAGACACCGUCACCGGUACGAAGUCAAUCCCGCGUACAUCCAUCGCCUGGAGACGGCUGGUCUGCAUUUCGUCGGAAAGGACGAGACAGGCCAGCGCAUGGAGAUCUUCGAACUCAAGGAUCACCCCUACUUCGUUGGCACACAAUUCCAUGCCGAGUACCAGUCUAAGGUGCUCAACCCAAGCAAGCCUUACCUUGGCUUCAUUGCCGCCAGUGCUGGACUCCUCGAAAAGGUCCUGAAGGAGGGACUAGGGCGGUCCGCCAAGCUCACGAACGGCGUGAAUGGUGCGCAUCAUUUCUAA